AUGCCAUCCCAGCAGAAGACAGAGCUAGAGAUUACAGGAAUUGUGACUCAUGGAGAUCUGAACAGCUUAAGUUCCGAUGUGGUCAACUUUAUCGUUUCCAAUGCUCGCAUCUGCUUGCCAGAUAACAUCCACAUCUGUGAUGGCUCCGAAGAAGAGAACAAGAAGCUCAUCCACCAGAUGGAAGAGACUGGCAUGAUCAAGAGGCUGCCCAAAUAUGAGAACUGCAGUUGGCUGGCUCGUACGGAUCCCCGUGAUGUGGCAAGAAUUGAAAGCAAAACUGUGAUCGUUACUCAAGAACAAAGAGAUACGGUGCCAGGUAAUCUCAAUGCUCAAGCAACCAGCUCUGUUGUUAAUGUCUAUAUGUUUUUGGGGUUUUUUUUGGCAGGUCGUACAAUGUAUGUCAUCCCAUUCAGCAUGGGUCCUAUAGGCUCCCCACUUUCAAAGCUUGGCAUUCAGCUGACGGAUUCACCCUAUGUAGUGGCCAGUAUGAAAAUCAUGACCCGAAUGGGAACGGUUGUCUUGGAUGCCCUUGCAGAAGGGGAGUUUGUCCGAUGCCUUCAUUCGGUUGGCUGCCCUUUACCACUAAAAAAACCACUGGUGAACAACUGGGCGUGUAAUCCAGAGCUGACACUCAUUGCACACAUCCCCGAACGCAGAGAGAUCAUCUCCUUUGGAAGUGGCUAUGGUGGAAAUUCUCUCCUGGGGAAGAAAUGUUUCGCUCUCAGAAUUGCCUGUCGGAUUGCGAAAGAAGAAGGUUGGCUGGCAGAGCACAUGCUGAUUUUGGGAAUCACCAAUCCUGAGGGACAGAAGAAAUAUUUUGCUGCUGCUUUCCCAAGUGCUUGUGGGAAAACCAACUUGGCCAUGAUGCGGCCCGCACUGCCAGGAUGGAAGAUUGAGUGCGUUGGUGAUGACAUUGCUUGGAUGAAGUUUGACGAUCAAGGCAAUCUAAGAGCUAUUAACCCUGAAAAUGGAUUUUUUGGCGUGGCUCCUGGAACCUCUGUGAAGACCAACCCGAACGCUAUGGAGACAAUCCGAAAGAACACCAUAUUCACCAACGUAGCAGAGACCAGUGAUGGUGGAGUCUACUGGGAAGGCAUGGACGUGAAACUAGAACCAGGAAUCACUUUAACUUCAUGGAAAAACAAAGAAUGGACACCUGAGGAUGGUGAACCUUCUGCCCAUCCUAACUCUCGUUUCUGUACGCCGGCCGGCCAAUGCCCGAUCAUUGACUCCGAGUGGGAAUCUCCGGAAGGUGUUCCUAUUGAAGGCAUCAUCUUUGGUGGUCGUAGACCUGCAGGUGUUCCACUGGUUUAUGAGGCAAUGAGUUGGCAACAUGGAGUCUUUAUUGGGUCAGCAAUGAGGUCUGAAGCAACAGCUGCAGCUGAGCAUAAAGGCAAGGUCAUCAUGCAUGAUCCUUUUGCCAUGAGGCCUUUCUUUGGAUACAACUUUGGCCGGUACCUUGCCCAUUGGCUCAGUAUGGAGCACCUCCCAUCUGCUAAACUGCCUAAGAUCUUCCAUGUCAACUGGUUCAGAAAAGACAAGCAAGGAAACUUCCUGUGGCCUGGUUAUGGAGAAAACAUUCGUGUUCUUGAAUGGAUGUUCAACAGGAUCAACGGGAGAAGACUGCGCCAAGAAGACACCCAUUGGCUACAUCCCCGCUGA